GAUGUCAGGUAUCCAUGAAGUGAAGAAAUAACGACGCGCAGUGACGGUGACGGCGGUGACGCGCGGAAUUGCGUUCAUCGGCCGUGUAGACGAACCAUGAGGGACCCUGAUCUGCUGACGGAUCUUCCGGAAUUAUCAAUUGAUUCGCCCGAGAUGGAUCUUAAUAUUCAUCCGGAGAGACAAAGAUUCCCUUUCUGCAUUGUUUGGACUCCAUUGCCAAUUAUAACAUACUUUCUGCCCUUUAUCGGACAUAUGGGCAUUGCAACAUCAACGGGAGUGAUAAGAGAUUUUGCUGGCCCUUAUCAUGUCUCGGAAGAUGACAUGGCGUUUGGUAAGCCCACCAAAUAUUGGCAACUGGAUUAUACCAAAGCCAAGGGAGGCAUACAGGAAUGGGACGCUGGUGUAGCGGAAGCUAGUGAAAUUUACAAAACUAGAAUGCACAAUCUAUGCUGCGACAAUUGCCAUUCGCACGUAGCGACAGCUUUAAAUUUGAUGUCAUACGAUAAUUCUACCAGCUGGAACAUGGUAAAACUUGCAUUUCUCAUGCUGCUUCAUGGGAAAUAUUGUUUUGGGUUUUCUUAAGACCUGGUUACCUUUCUGCAUACUCGUCACGGUUGCACUGAUAUUAAGUUUGUGUGUAUAUUAAUUUUAAAUCGUUUAUAACUGUGAUUGUAAUAAUAUUAAUAUAUAAUAUUAUUAUACAGCAAUUGUAAGGUAUUGUAAGUUAUUAUCAAUUUGAAAUGUAUUUGAUUUGUUGUUUGAGCUCUAUCUCAUAAUACAUUUUACAGAAAUUUCAGUCAAGUGAAGAUAUCCUUAACUAAAGAUGUAAUGAAAAUAUACUGACAGAUUUUUAAACAUG